AAUUAUAUCAAAAAUGUCUGAAUCAAAUGUUAAAGGGAGAGUCUAAGCAAUAUUUGAAAAAUUAGAUAACAUCUCGACUAGUGUCCAAGAUGAGUAAUCAUUUUAAGCAUUUCUUUUAUUUUAGGAAGAACAGUAGGUUUCAUAACAUCUCGUAACUCAUUAUGGCUUUUGAAGCUCAAUUACAACACAAUUCUGAAUAAAAAGAGGAAAAGUUCAAUUAUCUUGCCUCAAGAAUGAGAUAACUAGGGGAAUUUUUAGAGUAAGAACAAGAAGAGUAUUAUAUUAUAAUUAUCAAUAAUAGUCGUCUAAGAUAAGAAGCUGAAACCUAAAAGCUACUAACUGAUUUGGAAAGACAUGCUCGUAAGUUAAUUGAAUAGAACUCAAAAGAUAGAGUGGAAUAAGAACGAAAAAUCGUUUAUUAGAUUGGAUAGUAGAUAGAUAAUUUAUAAGGUGAAGUAGUCAAAGAAGGACUUGUAACAAUAUAUACCAAUAUUUAGGCCUAAUCUGAAUCAUAUUAAUUCGUGGAUGCAUAUAUAAAUGAAGAUCUUCCAAAAUUAGCUGAUGAAUUAUAAAACGAAAUCGGAGAGAGAAAGGAAGUAGAGGGGAAGAUCUAAAUAUAAUUUUUACAAUAAUUAUAAGAUCUUAAAGAGGCUUUUGAUAGGUAAACAUAAGAUAAUAUUAUUAUUAUAGAGAGAAGAAGGAAAGAGAAAUAAAGGAGGAGGAAAUUGUUGAAAGUCUAAGAGAAAUAUCAGGGAGAAUAACUGAGGCCUUGAAAAAGACAAGAACAGAAAGAGAAAAGACAGAAGAGACUCUUGUACAAUUGGUAGAGAAGGUGGUUGAGAAGAUCAAACGUGAAAUGCUAGAAAUGAAUUUAUGAAAAUCAUUUCUCAUAAACAAUAAUGAAAUAAAUUUUAUUCAAUAUUGGAUUU